AUGGGGCAGUUCUUCGAGACAAUCCCAGAGUACCUCAUGAAAUGGAUCCUCGAACAAAAGAUGUUCUGGGUGGCCACUUCACCGCUCUCGGCAUCCGGACACGUUAAUGUGUCGCCCAAGGGUGGCCUCUACUUCGGCUUGUUGGAUGACAAGACCUUUUGGUACAUGGACCUCAGCGGCAGUGGUAGCGAGACCAUUGCACAUCUGUACGAGCCCGACAACGGCCGCAUCACCGUCAUGUUCAACUCGUUCGAAGGGCCGCCUCGCAUCGUCCGUCUCUUCGGCCACGGGUCGGUCCUUGAGCGGGGAGGCGUGCACGAAGGAGGAGGCGAAGCCUUUGACGAUUUCGUCAAGAAGCACGACCUCCAGGUCCUCCCGAGCUCCAGGUCCAUCAUCAUCGUCAAGGUGCACCAGGUGGCCAGUUCGUGCGGAUACUCCGUGCCUUAUUACGAAUUCAAAGACUUCCGUAACACACUCAACGAAACCUUUACGAAGAAGGCAGAGAAAUUUGAGCAGGGCAAGUCACAGGAGAGUAGGGAAAGGUAUUGGGCGUUCAAGAACGCAUACAGCGUGGACGGUCUGCCGGGAAUGAAAAUUGGGUACAAGACUGGAAAGCAGGAAGGCAUCGCCCCGAUCCAGAAGAUGGUCGGCCCAAUGGCACCACGAACAUACCACAACAGUCGCAGAUUUGGCCCCUGGCACCUUGUUCUUGUAGCGGUUUUGUCGGCUGUCUGUGGUGCCUUCUUCCAGCGCCUGUUGUUGACUACACUCCAGGGGAUACUCGACAGUUCCGCAUCGUAG